AUGAGUAACUUAACACAGAAACGUAACGAGUUUCUGGAACCAGCACCGCCAAUCAUUUUCAUUUUGUCUCUUCAUAAAAGAUUCCUCAAAACCAUGAAUGAUCUGCCUAGUUUGGUCCGUCACCGGUCUCCUAUGCAAUCUUUAUAAAACUCUCCCUCACUCUCAGUAACUCCAAAUCUCAAUCUGCACUGCGCCCUCACGGACCGAAAAAGAAUCUCUAUCUUUCGAUGCUUUUGUCUCCAACUUUCCCUCCACCAUAUAUAUCAAGUGGCCAUUUUCCUAUUGUUUUGUUAUUAUCUUCCAAAAUUCUCACUUUCCUCCCCACCUUCACUCAUUGGGCUCCUCUCCUUCUCUCAUUUUUCCUAAAAAGUCAAGUCUCCUCUGCUUAUCUUUUCACCUCCAUAGCUUCAUCUGGAAAGUGGAAACAGACAGUGGCAGUGGCCUUUCCUGCUUAAUAUUGUCCUCCCAAUUCUCCAAUACCAAUUUCUCAGCUUAAACUCUAUUGCGUUUGAUCCAAAACUUCAUGUCGUUCUCAUACAGUUGAUGGGUCAGUUCUCCAAUCUGUUUUUUUUUUUUUUUUUUUGGUUUAAUAAACUCAGUUGCAUUGAUUCUUAUACCUCCAUUCUAAUGAAAAGCUUAAAUCUUUAGCUUUUCUGCAACUUUCCCACUAAAAAAGCAAAUUCCUUUCGUACCCUGUUGGGCCUUUUCACUUUCGCUUUAUGUCUCAUCUGUGAUUUGCUUUUGUGUGCUCUGUUAUUCUGGGUUUUGGAUUUUGCAGUCCAUGUGCUCGACAAAAUUCCUCUGAGAGUUGGUAUUUGAGUUUUUGAUAGCCAUUUCUUGGGUCACAAUGGCACCAUCUUACUUCCCUCUGAGGUGGGAGAGCACGGGAGACCAAUGGUGGUAUGCAUCACCAAUCGAUUGGGCAGCAGCCAAUGGCUUAUAUGAUUUGGUCUGUGAGCUUCUUCACCUUGACACAAACCUCCUCAUCAAGCUGACCUCACUACGCCGUAUCCGCCGCCUCGAAACUGUCUGGGACGACGAGGCUCAGUUCGAUGAUGUUGCCAAAUGCCGGUCACAAGUUGCCAAGAGGCUCCUCCACGAGUGCCAAAUGCAGAGCGGACACAACUCUCUCAUCAGGGCCGGCUACGGCGGAUGGCUUCUCUACACCGCCGCCUCAGCCGGGGAUGUGGGGUUUGUCAGGGAGUUGCUGGACAGAGACCCUCUUCUUGUUUUUGGAGAAGGAGAGUAUGGAGUCACUGACAUAUUCUAUGCUGCAGCCAGGAGCAAGAACUCUGAGGUUUUCAGGCUGCUGCUUGAUUUCUCUGUGUCGCCAAGGUUUAGUCUUAGCAAUGGAGAAUUGGAAGAGAGGUUGGGUGAUAUUACAUCGGAUUUCAAGUGGGAAAUGAUGAACCGGGCGGUUCAUGCCGCAGCUAGAGGUGGCAAUUUGGAGAUUUUGAGGGAUUUACUUGGGGAUUGUGAGGAUGUAUUGGCUUAUAGAGAUGCUCAGGGAUCUACCAUCUUGCAUACAGCAUCUGGCAGAGGGCAGGUUGAGGUGGUUGAGUAUCUAAUAGCAUUCUUUGAUACCAUCACAAUUGUAGAUAAUCAAGGGAACACAGCUUUACAUGUGGCCGCUUAUAGGGGUCACUUGGCUGUGGUGGAGGUCCUAAUUCGUGCAUCUCUCUCAUUAACCACUUUGUCAAACAACUAUGGAGAUACCUUUCUGCAUUUGGCAGUGGCUGGUUUCAGAAGCCCUGGUUUCCGGAGACUGGACAAACAGAUUGAGCUUAUUAAGCAAUUAGUAUGUGGUGAUACUGUGAACAUGCAGGACGUUGUUAAUGUUAAGAACAAUGAUGGACGAACUGCUCUUCACAUGGCUGUAACCGAGAACAUUCAAUCUAAUUUGGUGGAACUCCUCAUGACUGUUCCAUCAAUUAAUUUAAACAUCCGUGAUUCUGGCGGCAUGACCCCUCUAGAUAUUCUUAAGCAAAGGCCAAAGUCAGCAUCUUCCGAACUUCUGAUCAAGCAAUUGAUUUCAGCCGGAGGGAUCUCUAAUUGUCAGGACCGUAAAGCAAGGAGUGCCCUUGUUUCCCAUUUGAGAAUGCAGGGUAUUGGGAGCAGUCCGGGAACCUCUUUCAGAAUUCCCGAUGCAGAGAUAUUCUUAUACACAGGCAUUGACAAUGCUUCUGAUGCCAGUUGCGAUCAGUCAAGCGUGCAAUUCAACACGUUCUCAGGUGAGCUAAGACAGUUUGGCUCACCCAACUCAGUAAACAAUAAGAAGUCAAGUUCUGUAACUUAUGCUGCAAGGCGCCUUAAGUUUCUUCUUCAAUGGCGGAGGAGGAAAGAAAAAAAGGAAUCUAGCAUAGACGUAAGAGAUAAUGAUUCUGAGUCAUUUAGCACCUGUGUAGAUUUGGACGACAAUCCAAUUCCACUUCGGCAGAUGUAUUCCAAAUCUUCCUCCCUCCCAAACAACAAAAGGACAGUUUCCUUUCCGAGCCCAUACACUAAAAUGAAAUUUACUGCUGGUUUAUCACAUGGUGUGAUUCAGGCAAGGCCUCAUUUAGCUUUUGCAUCUCAAUCGCACACAAGUCCUCUGUCAAGAUCGUCUAUGUCUUCCCCCACUUUCAUGGACAAAGAGAAGGGUGUUGACAUUUCGGGACCCUCUUGCUCAAAUGGCAAACCACCACAUCCGCAAGGGAGCUUCAAACAUGAUUCCUUCAAUACGAAGUUAAUAAACCAAUAUUUGUGUGUUGGCGCCCAAGGCCUGGGCAUGGACGAAUCAGUUUGUUCCACCUGGUCGAAUCAGAAUUACAAACACUCCGGUCCUCUAGUUGCUUGAUCAGGAUGUACAAAGGAGUUGGUGUUCUUGGUUAGACCCAUAGAGAGUCGAAUUGUGGUGAGUUCUCAAAAAUGUCUUCUCUUUAUCGGUUCACUUUUUCUUUCUUUCUUUCCCUUUUCCCCUAGUUCCAGUCUCAUGUUUUAUAAUUUCUGUGUGUAGAUGCAUAGUUUUGUACCAGGUGUGGAAGUUUCUUUAUAAUGUUCAAGAAAUGUUAUGAUAGGUUUACACUGUUUCGCAUAUCCUCGUACGUGAAUUAUGGCUCGUCCACACUGAUUGUAAAUUGGUUGAGUCAGUUGAGUGUGAAUUUAAGCAGCAUAGUAAUCAAAUGAAUCCCCCUCUUUUCUGGUUA